AUGCUGCUUAAGCAUGGUUCGAACGGACUGCGAUACCAAAGUUUGUCCAAGCUGGGUCGACGAAUCCCUUGGAUUCCGCAUCAGGCAUCCGUCAGUUCGCUUGCUUUCCCUUACCUGAGCUCGACGCGUCUAAAAGCGAAUUCACGUGUAAACCAACCUCGCCAACCGCGGUUCUCAUACAUCCCAAUUCGUGGUGCCAAAAGGAAGACGCAGGUUAAUUUGGAAGAUUUGCCGCAGGGAAUCAUUGGGAAUGAUGGCGAACCCCUCCCACCUCAGGAUGUUGACGAGCCAGAGUAUCCACCGCUUCUUCAGCAGGUGCGGAAUAACAUGCUGAAAUUUAGCCAUUGCGUCCUCCUGACACGCGUUGGUGGUUUUUAUGAGCUAUACUUCGAACAUGCCGAUGAAUAUGCACCGCCACUGAAUAUAAAGAAGUCGAGAAGAAAAGCACAAAAGGGCAGUAAACGACCCGCAGUGCCCAUGGCUGGUUUCCCCGUCUAUCAACUCGAUCGAUACCUCAAGAUUCUCGUGCAGGAUUUGAAUAAGCAUGUUGCCAUUAGUGACGAGUUCCUCAAUGAUGCUGCCACCAGGGCCAAAGGCGAAUCACUCUAUUCGCGUAAAGUAUCCCGUAUCGUGACUCCCGGGACGUUGAUCGAUGAGCAUUUCAUGGACCCUUGGCAGAACAACUACCUUCUGAGCAUUCACGUUGACCCUGAAGCCCUGAAUGUCAACGACGCCGUUGUGAAAAGUCCUGGCAGUCAAAGUGUUACUUCCAUGCUCAAUCUUCCCCGGACAGAGGUUGGUCUUGCUUGGAUCGAUCUCUCUAGUGGAGAUUUCUCGACCCAGACCACAGACAUCGCAUCACUUCCCUCGGUUGUGGCACGGAUAAAACCGCGUGAGAUUGUUUUGGAUAGUAAAUUUGAAGAGGACGGUCAAUCGCGUAUCGUCUCGAUCCUGCAGGACGAUGGCCAUAUCAUUACUUUUCAGCGGCCGGCGGAUAACCAGUUGACUCUUAAGGAUUGGAUACCGAUGCUCGAAGAGGUAGUUGCUGAUUUCGAUACUUCGGACUUCACGAACUCUGAGGUGGCUGCUGGUGGCUCCCUCUUGCAUUACGUCAAACACCAGCUGUUGGACUCAAGGACAAGACUACAAGCGCCGGUUCGGCACCAACCCGACGAUCAUAUGAGCAUUGACAGGAACAGUCUUAGAGCUUUGGAAAUACGAAGCACUAUACGAGAUGGAACCUACGAAGGAAGUCUUCUUCAUUCGCUGAAAAAGACGGUUACAAAUAGUGGAACCAGGCUGUUGACCCAGCGUUUGUCUGCCCCUUCAAUGUCUUUAUCAACUAUCAACGAACGCCUUGAUCUUGUCGAAGAAAUGAUAGAGUACCCACAAUUACGACAAGACGUGAUAACUUUACUUAGCCACACGUUCGACUCCCUCCGACUAGUCACUAAGUUCACGGUUGGUCGUGGAGACGCGGAUGAUCUUCUUGAACUUUCAAGGACUAUUUCGACCACAGUCACGCUUGUCAAUACGCUUCAAGAGCACUCGCAAACGCGCAGUAGUAUUUUUAUUGGCAAAGAAAAGCAGGAAGUUGAGCAGCGUCGCCGGCAAUGUGUGCCCAGAUUAAUCAAACGAUUUGAUCUAGGUACACCCCUUUCACUAUCGAAACGGAUCGAAGAAGCGAUCGAUGAAGAGGGACUGUUGGAACAGCAUCGCAUUGAAGAUGACGAAGCGGCGGAAAUGACAGACCUUGCGCAAGAUGUCCUUGGAAAGGAAGCCGGAGAGGAGGACCUCAAACAAAUUCCCAAAAGAAUCCAGCCUAAGCCUCAUGUGAUUGCUCCCUCUUUCAAGCCCGCUACGGAUGGUAGGGACGACAUCUGGAUCAUGAAAAGGAGCGCGAGCAAGAAUCUAGAGAAGCUGCAUGAUACUCUUGAAUCUCUUAUCGACUCGAAAUCCCAGCUCGAGUUGGGCCUACGAGAAAAACUCUCGGCGUAUAGUCUAGUUUUAAAAUGGACCCCAAACCUUGCUCAUAUAGCCCAUGUGAAAGGUAAAGACGUUGCUCGGGUUACUCCACACUAUCCGAAGAGCCUCAGUACCAGCAAAUCUACGCGAUCGUUCCAAGUCCCAGAGUGGACACAAUUGGGGGCCCAGAUGGACGAAACACGUUACCGUAUUCGUAAUGAAGAGCAGAAAGUCCUUACAAGCCUUCGCGAGGAUGUUGUACGAAACCUGGUCAAGCUGCGUCGCAAUGCAGCCGUGCUGGACGAACUUGACGUGGCCUGCGCGUUCGCCUUACUCGCCGUCGAGAAACAAUUUGUACGCCCCAUCCUGAACUCGGGUACGUCGCAUAACAUCGUUGGCGGCCGUCACCCGGUGGUCGAAGCUGGGUUGAUCGAUCAGGGGCGGAAGUUCGCUGUGAAUGAUUGCCUACUCGGAGACAACGAGCGUAUCUGGCUCAUCACUGGGCCAAACAUGGCGGGCAAAAGUACAUACCUACGACAAAAUGCCCUCAUCUCCAUUCUUGCACAAACAGGUUCUUUCGUACCUGCUGAGUAUGCCGAGAUUGGGCUAGUAGACAAAGUCUUCAGUCGAGUGGGGUCAGCAGAUAAUCUGUAUCAGGACCAGUCAACUUUCAUGGUGGAGAUGCUGGAGACUGCUCAGAUUCUCAAGGAAGCCACACCUCGCUCUUUCGUCAUCAUGGACGAAGUGGGUCGAGGCACAACACCAGAAGACGGAAUCGCCGUUGGAUAUGCUUGCCUGCAUCAUCUUUAUCACAAGAAUCAAUGCCGGACAUUGUUUGCAACCCACUUCCAUGCCCUCGCCGAUAUGACGAAUGGUUUCGAAAAGUUAGCAUGUUAUUGCAAUGAUGUAUCGGAGAAGGAAGACGGAACAUUCUCUUAUGUACACCGUCUGCGGAAAGGUGUGAAUCGAGAAAGCCAUGCACUCAAGGUUGCACGGGUUGCUGGGUUACCCGAAGAAGCAGUAACGAUAGCUGCAAUGGUUCUUGCUGAGCUCAAGUCUCAUCGACCAAAAACUGAACUUGUCGAAGCUAACAAAUAG